ACAAUGGAGCGGUACGAGCGUGUCGCGUGCUUGGGCCGGGGCUCAGCGGCAGACGUGUUUCUGAUGAGGCACACUGGGCUGCAGAGUCUGCACGCGGUGAAGAGGAUCAGCCUUCCUCCGGGGGCCAGCGCAGGAACGCUCAACGCUGCCCUGCAGGAGGCAGAGAUCAUCAGGAGGGUGAAGCAUCCUCACGUCGUGCAGUGCAGCGACACCAUGGUGGACCGUGGAGACGGAUUUGUUUACCUGGUCAUGGACUACAUGGACGGCGGGUCGCUGGAUGACCAAGUGAAAGAGAGGAAGCCAGACAGGUUCCUCCCUCAGGGCACGGUGAUGGGCUGGUUCGCGCAGGUGGCCCUCGCUGUCCGUCACAUCCACUCCCUGAACAUACUCCACAGAGACAUCAAGACUUCAAACGUGCUGAUAACCAAGCAGGGGGUGGUGAAGUUGGGAGACUUUGGGAUCUCCAGAGUGAUGAGCAGCACCAUGGACUUGGCCUCCAGCUGUGUUGGAACACCUAGCUACCUGAGCCCGGAGCUGUGUCAGGACGUCCCAUACAGCGCCAAGUCGGACCUGUGGGCCCUGGGCUGUCUGCUGUACGAGCUGUGCUCCCUCAGACCGCCCUUCGCUGCCAGCAACCUCCUCAGUCUCUUCUGCAAGAUCACCAGAGGAGAGUACCAGCCUGUGCCAGGAGCUUAUUCCCACCACGUGGCCUGUUUGAUCCAGAGCUUGCUUCAUCUGGAGCCUGCCGAGAGGCCGAGCGCCGCUGCUGUGCUCAGCUUCGCUUGUGUUCAGCAGCACUUGCAAAAUGGAACUGUAGCCGAGCACAUGAUGGAAGCCGGCUUCAGUGAGGAAGAGGAGGGCGGGAGCAUGGAGGAAGACGCCUGCAGUGACUGUCUUUAUCCAGAAGACUUUGAUGAAGACGAGAGCUCGGGGAUUCCUGAGCGGCAAAUGUGCCAGUGCCAGGAAUCCACCGAGGUUACGCAACAUGACUAUCCUGAUGAUUUUGAGGAAGACGAGUCACAUGAUGAAGCAGAAGCCUCAGACCUGGAGCUGCUUCAGGACGACUCGCUGGAGGAGUUUCAGGUGUGUGAUGAAGGAGGCCUGACCAUCACGCUGAAGGCGUUUAAAGGAAAGGGCUGA